AUGUUCUUCUUGGUGGAUUUGGACAAGAAUAUUCGUUUGCAUCCUAAAUUCUUUGGUCCUGAUCUUACUCGUACACUUCGUGCUCGUCUUCAAAACGACGUUGAAGGACAAUGUACAGGAAGAGAUGGAUAUAUUGUUUCUGUUACAGAAAUCACAAAAAUUGGACAAGGUAAAAUUGGAGAAUCAUCAGGAUAUGCUACAUUCCCUAUUAAUUAUAAAGCUAUAGUAUUCAAGCCUUUCAAAGGAGAAGUUUGUGAUGCUGUUGUAUAUAAAGUAACACCAGUUGGAUUUUUUGCAAGUGUUGGUCCAUUGAAUGUUUUUGUUAGUAGUCAUGCUGUUCCAGAUGAUAUGAAGUAUGAUGGCCAUCAUACUCCUCCAAGAUUUAUUUCGGAAGAAGCUCAAGUAUGUAUUUUCACAACAAUUCAAUCUUUUAACAUGCAACAACAAUACCUAAAUUUUCAUCACGAAUCUUCAUCAUCAAUUUGA